GCAUGCAUUCUUCUUUGUCUCCUUAUUCUCUCUCUCUCUCUCUCUCUCUCUCUCUCUCUCUCUCUCUCUAUCUCUUCAUCUCUAGUACACACCUCCAUAUUAUAUAAUUCUUCUCAGAUUCUUCUCUGAAUUCCAAGUUGAUUGUAUUAUUUACCUUCAACGGGUAGGUACAGUUUACAUCACUCAUCACUCCAUUUGCUAAUUGAUAAUUGCUAUGCUGUGACCCUUCUUUCAAUACUGCUCUUAUCAGUUUCCCUGUUUGAUUUAUUGCAAGUUCACUCCAAUUCAACUGAAUUCCAAUCUGGUUUGAGUUAUUGAAGCUGGGGCCUUACUGAACUAAGAUUCUGAUGGGUGCGUGCAGAUGAAACAUCAAUCAGGUAGAAAUUUCUGGCUUGGUUGUAUUUUAUGAGUGGGUUGUUUGCGUUAGUGGUUUGGGGAUAUGGGGGCGACGAGCUCUAAAAUUGAUGAUGAUGAUAAGCCCCUACAGUUAUGUCGUGAAAGAAAGAAAUUUGUUCGACAAUCUCUUGAUGGAAGGUGUGCUUUAGCUGCAGCUCAUGUUGCUUACAUCCAUUCAUUGAAAACUGCUGGGACAGCAAUUAGAAAGUUUGUGCAACCAGAUGUCCCUAUUGAGUCAUCCCUGUAUACUUCCACCAAUGCUACACCAGAGCCACUUGCUCUGACCGAGAAGUCAACUUCUCAUUUUUCAUUUUCUUCGCCAUCAGCGUCGCAACAUGUGGAGGCUUAUGAACGCCUGACUCCUUCUCCUCCUCCGAAAAUGGGUCGUUAUCAGGUGCACCGUAUGAAUUUUAGGGGCAGCUUUACUAGAAAGGUUGAAGAAAAGCCUCCUGUAGCUGCCACUGCAACUGUAACUUCAUUAAGUACCUCACAGAAUACUACUCCUCGGUCUCUUGAUAGAGCUGAACGAUCUGCAUCUGUAACUCCAACCCACCAACACGAAAAUCCACCAUGGGAUUAUUUUGGUCUUUUUCAUCCGGUUGACAAUCAUUUAUCAUCCCAUGAGCAAAGAGAGCUACAUGGUGAUUUUGACAACAGUGAUGAUCCGAAACACAUUGGAGAAGAUGAGGAAGUUCCUGAACUAGAACAUGUUGAGGAUAAAUCCUUUUCUAGUGGGAGGCAAGGGUCUGAUUCAGAUGAAUUUGAUGAUCCUUCUUCAGAUACACUAGUUCGAAGUUUCAAAAAUCUUAACCGUGAGGAAACUUAUGGUGCCCCUGGUGCCUCUUCCACAGUGCAUACUGCGGAAAGUGUAGAUUCCGAGCAUGAAUUGUUGGAUGAGGAAAAAAUCAGCUCUCUGAAGUUGUCACCCUUGAAAACAAAAUCUCCAGAGCCCAUAAUUACGCCUAAAGCUAAGGUGCCAUCCGUUCACGAUGAUGAUUGUGAGCAUAAGAUUGCCCCGAAAGAUUUCUUCUCGAGUAUGAGAGAGGUUGAACUACUUUUUGUUAAGGCUUCUGAAUCUGGAAAGGAAGUGCCGAGAAUGUUGGAAGCAAACAAGUUACAUUUCCGUCCGUUAUUGCCGGGACAAGAGUCUGGUUCAUCAGCAACUUCGCUACUUAAGACUUGUUUUUCCUGUGGAGAAGAUCCAAGUCAAAUUCAAGAUCCUGCUCAAAGUUCAGUGAAGUACUUAACGUGGCUUCGGACUACGUCAUUCCGUUCAUCCUCCUCCCGGAACUUUCUUGAUUCACAUUCAAGGGAGGAUGUUGAGGACAUUAAAAGUGAUCUAUUCGAGAAUUUUUACAUGGUUUCUGGAAGUCAUGCUUCAACUUUAGAUAGGCUGUUUGCAUGGGAGAGAAAGCUUUAUGAUGAAGUUAAGGCUAGUCAAAGCAUUAGAAGGGAGUAUGAUAUGAAAUGUAAGCUCUUGAGAGAACAAGAAUCAAAGUGUGAAAGCCAACAGAAGAUUGACAAGACUCGUUCUGUUGUCAAGGAUUUGCAUUCAAGGAUUCGAGUUGCAAUUCAUAGGAUUGAUGCAAUAUCAAGAAGAAUUGAGGAAUUACGUGACAAAGAGUUGCAGCCACAACUUGAGGAACUUAUUGAAGGGUUAAGAAAAAUGUGGGAAGAGAUGUUCGAGUGUCACAAGCUACAAGUGCACAUAAUAACAGUUGCAUUUAGCAGUGGCAGUGUGAGACUGUCCCUACAAUCAGAAUUACGUCGACGCAAUGCCCUUCUCCUCGUAGAUGAAUUGAGUAACCUCUCCUCGAUUUUCAGAAAAUGGAUCAACGCCCUCAAAUUCUACAUUCAGGCAAUUAAUGAUUGGCUCAACAAAUGUGUUAAGUCCGAAGAGAAAUCGACAAAGAAGAGAAGGUGGGAUAUUGCCCCGCAUCUAAGAUUGAGGAAUGCAGGUCCGCCAAUAUACACGACUUGUGGUGCUUGGCUCGACGCACUUCAAGAUUUGCCAGUGCAAGAAGUGGCAGACACGAUUAGGGGAUUAGCAACCGAGAUUUCUCAUUUGGUACCACAGCAAGAAAAAGUCCAAGGAAGGAAGUCCCACAUGGAAGGAACCGAUCCCGUUCUUCAAAUGCGCGGUCACGAAUCUUUUGACGAGUGGAAUACUUCAAAUUUUGAUCAAAUCCAAUCAAGUUUUGUCAUUUUUCUGAGUCAGAUUUGUAGCUUUGCAGAGCGUUCACUGAAAAUGUACACAGAACUUCAAACUAAUAUCGACGAUGCCAAGAGAAAUUAUGAGCACAAGAUGUCCCAGCCGUAAUAUUUACAUGGUUUGAUGGGGCCAUAUGGUACAGAUUGAAGGUUUCACCACAGUUUCGGGUAUAUAAAGUGGUAUCAACGAUUGGAUUUCAGCUUUGUACAGGGAUGAGAUAAUAAAGAUAUACUCCUAAAAGGUUUGUCAAUCUUCCGAAAUUUGAUAAUAAAAGGAGUUGGUACUGGUUAUACACUUGCAUUCCCCUUCCCCGUUUUCUGGACAUAUAUAUUUGUUAGUUCAAGCUAUUGUCAAUGCAUGUCAUUUCUGUUUGUAAGGCCAAAAAAUACUAAGUUGAAUUGUUAAGUUAAUUUUUCAUACUUUGUAUGCAAAAGUUAUAGUUUUUGUUUGAGCAAAAUUACAUUGGAUGAGUAAUUUAAUCGCAAAGUAUUACGAGUAUGUAUUUUCGAUUAGUCUCUUACUGUGAGAUCUUCGCGGGUAGCUUAUUGCGACAUUUGGUAUUUGGUGAUGUGUAGAAUGAUGUAGAAAACCUUGCUCUAGUUCUGGUCAUGAAGAUCAUUAAAAGAUGGAACAUAGGUGCGGAAUUGGUAGUUUAAAUUCCAGAAGUUCAAUGUCGAUUAUUUGAUGGCUAGAGAAAUAGUUCGUAUUCUGUACUCUACGGUGCAAUGCGCCACCCCCGAAAGCAAUCUUUCCAGGUGAAGACAGUUUAUCGAGUAAUUUAAAUUGAAGGAAACGCUCACUUGUUCUCCCUUCCGUGCUGCAUCCAGCCGGGCACUGCGAGUAUAUGUGAAAAUAUACAGAUUCGUGUUUAUUGAAGAAGUACUGUGAGUUAGAAGAUGGAAAUGGUAAACUAUUUGAGGUUUGAAAUUGCUAUUUAAAGUUGGGG